GUUUUGCUGUUCCGGUCUACCGAACCUGCCGAACUAGCUCCAGUAGCACUGGUAGCAACUUGGGAACAGCCUGCAAGCCUUGUCAAAAUUAGCUCCGGUGCAAACAGAUCAGGCUUUUUUAAUGCCAACAGGGUGUUCAGAGGGUUGUGCACUCAUUAUCCUCCAAAAGCAGAUCUUUGGGAUUUGAAACUGGGGUAACUAUUAAAAGCUUUUGGCUGUUUUUGUCGACUUUGAAGCAUGUUGUUUAGUGUGGGAGAGCUGUGGGUCCGUUAGCCAGUCAGCGGGGGCCAGGGCUCAGUUUGGAGGAGUUGGUCCAGCAUGCUAACUCCUACAUUUUUAGUAAAAGUCACAAACUGUCAUAGCUGCGACAAAACAAGGCACUUAAACGUUUGGAUUCUUGGUUUUUGGUGUGUUAGAGGAUGACCUUUUGCUGGGGUUUAGUUGACAGGCCGGCGGUAGGCAGUGUAGCAGCGCGGAUCUGGUGCGUAAAGGAGGUAUUUUCGUGGAUCACAACAAAAGGAUUUUUGAUAACAAGCUGGCAGCUAGCUCACUUAGGCUAAUGUUAGCUCGCUUAGCUUGAUGCAGACAUCCUCCAGAUGCCUUCAGUGUACAUAUUUACUCCGCAUUUACGCGUUUUGCCUUUCGAUUUGCGCAUUUUAGGCAUAUCGCUGUUGAACACCUAGAGAGGUAGCGCCACUGAGCUUAUUGUUGUGAUUUAAGCCAAGCAGGCCCCCCGACCAGGGAGCUAGCAGCCGGCCUUCCCAGGCCACUGAGUGUUAGCAGCGGGGCCCCUUUCACCAAAUCCCUCCGAGCUCGUUUUUAUUUGUCAUUCUGGUUUUAAAGUGUUUACUCGGAGCUCGUCGUGGUUGAUUUUUAAACCCGGAAUAUUUAAGGAUGAGGCGCAUCCUGUGUGUGUGAAGUAUGUAGUUUUUCUUCAGCUAGCUGUGAUGUCGAGAAGUGUUUGUGACAUGCUAACGUGAAGCUGACUCUCACUAAAAACUGAACCAAACUAAACAGACACUCAUGUCAUUUUUACGACUGUGUCUAAGUCUGAAUUCGUGAAUUUAUGUGCAGUUUGUUUUAAUGUGUCAUGAAGCUGCAGUAUGUUUGUGCUGCAGGUGUUUUGAUGAGGGUGUUGAUUCUUCUUCAAACUUGCUUAUUACAUUUAAUUAUUGUAUUCAGUUUAACAACACUUGUAUACCUAAGAUAUGUCUUACCUUUCUUGAGUUUAUGUCAAGAUUUAAACCAAUCUGGAAAUUUUGUCAAUAUUUCCAAACACUUGUAUUUUUAUUGCAGGGAACACAAAGUUUCUCCUGUAGUGGAAUUCUAGGGCUGGGCGGUAUGGGAGAAAGUUUAUAUAUCAUGAUAUAAAAAACGAAAUCUAGCAGUGCUUAUUGGUGGCAUGUCUUUUGCGAAACAGUAAGCUUCUGCAUCUGUGAGUUCACACUGCAGGUUAUGAUGCACAAUUUCUGAUUUUUUGUUACAUCCGAUCUUUUUGUGCGGUCGUUCACAUUACAACAACAAAUGCGGUAUCCCGCAUGUGCACAAAGCACAAAUUGCUUUCCGCGCCUGUUUGCGUUGUCAAACAAUGGUGACGUUUGUCGCAUAUUGAUGACGUAAAGGUCGGAUUAACGCUGCAGUCACAUCGUAUACAUAUCCGAUUUAUAUCCACAUACAAAAGAGGCCUGGGUCGGAUUUGAAAAAAUCAGAAUUGCACUUGCAUGAAAAAAAUCAGAUAUGUGUCACAUAUGGUUAAAAAAUUGGAAUCGACCUGCAGUGUGAACGUAGCCUUUGACAUUUUGUCGUAAGUGGACUGAAUGGUCGGCUGCGCAGGCGCCGUGGGCUCCUUGCUCCACUCGGGGUUUGUAACCUUUUGCAUCGUGCAUCCUCUGCCGUGUGGCACUGCUUCAGGUGGUGAAGAAGAUUUGAGGUAUUCCCGAGAACAUGUACUCGACAUAGUUUGCAUAAUUUUCGAUAUAUAUAUCAUCGUUUUAUCGCCCAGCCCUACUUGAAGCAGAAAUAGAAAUGACAGAAGACAUAUUGACCUGCUGAUAUCUGCCUAAUAUUUGAUGUUGCACCGAUAAAAUCGGGCAUCAUUAGUUGUUCUGUUGUAAAGGCACAUGUAUAUUUUGUAUUUUGUUUAAUUUUGUCAUAAUUGUAAAGCUGUGGUGAAUCCCUGUAUGCCCUUUAUAGUUUGUUUAAGGCUUAUUCUGCAUACUUUGUUUUUUAAUAAUCUACUUUGUGUAUGACUUUUUCCCCAAGGUGUCCGCCUCGUUUGAGUAAAUCCCGCUAACACUGGCUUCCACCUGUGACAGUUUGGUCACGAGAGGGGCCCCAGCAGAGCAAGGGCCCAAACUGUAGCUCUAGGUCCCCCUCUUUUCUGUGUGUGUGAGAGCUUGUGUUGAGUCCUCUGGAGACUCCCCGGCUUGUCCAUCCAAGAUGUCCUCCAUCUUGCCGUUCACCCCUCCUGUGGUGAAGAGGCUGCUGGGCUGGAAGAAGUCAACUAGCGGCCCCGGCGGAGCGGGCGGCGGAGAGCAGAACGGGCAGGAGGAGAAAUGGUGCGAGAAGGCUGUGAAGAGCUUAGUAAAGAAGCUAAAGAAGACGGGCCAGCUAGACGAGCUGGAGAAAGCGAUCACCACGCAGAACUGCAACACCAAGUGUGUCACCAUCCCCAGGUAUGCUGCCCAACACUCGACUGCUGUUCAAAGUAGGAUGAGGAGAAAAGGAGUCAAGUUUGCACACCAGGGUUUUAGUAAUAAUCAGCAUUUGUAGAUGAAUAUAUGUCCAAUUUAGGGAAAUUAAAGGUUAUGAUCAAGAGGACAGCUGAUGGGAAUCAACUCAUUGUUUGGUUACAGCCGGUAAAGUUUGUAUCCAUGUAUUGAUGAGAGAUAUUAAAAGGGUGAGAAAACAUGCUCCCUUUAUCAGCCAGCCAGCCUUGAUGGUCCAGACUCACGUUCAGUGGGAACAUCAUGUGCCGCCAAGGACUACGUCAGAUGUUUGUAUGUCUAUAGAUAGCAGAGUGGUUGUUAUCGCCUGAGAAUUGUUCGAAGCCACACUGUUACGUUUGUAGGGAUCCAGUGACCGGCUCAGUGUCUACAAUAGCUGCAUGAAUGGGAAUGGGUUUAGAGCCCAGUGUGUGUUUUCAUCUAAAUCAGGGACCUUUUAUUUCUGACAGUCCACUUGUUUGACCCAUUACUUCUCUGGACACCUAAAUCUCAGGUGCUGUUGAAUUUUUAUAGAGUCCCACCUUGUUUUGGAUCAAAUAUUCACCGAAUAUAUAAAGCUUUCUGUUUAUGAAGCAUUUGAAAUGUAGAAAUGUGUUGUCCUGUUAUUCAGAAGCAACUCCUCUCAUUCGUCCUCAUUAGUAGAUUUCAGUGUCUAAGUUUUGGGCCAUUUUCUUGUGAAUGUUUUGAGAGUGUUUCAAAAUUGCCCCUCCGCCUCAGCCCAUGGUUGCCUCCUCCUCCAUUUCCCCUCUCUGUAGUGUCAUUGUGAGUAUCCAGUGUUUGUUUGAAAUGUCUCCAGAUAAGUUCUGAGUUAUUUCGGGUGUUUGAUACAAUGCCACUCGGUUGAAGAAUGCUCUUUGUUUCACUCAUUGUGUUUGGUAGCUGCCUCCAUAUUGUAUUUUUUUCUCCUUUAAUUCUGUCAAAAAGGCUUCUCUUAUUUGAAAUUCCCAUCUGUCAUUUCCACCUUUCAAAAUGAAGUUGAUGUUUUUUAUUUUGCCAUAAGAUUCCAAUAAAAGAGGCCUUUUAAUGUUCACAUUACCCAUACUGAUAUUUCUGAAUGAGCCAUGUCCCAUGUUUAUCAUUUGUUUUUUGUUUUUGUUUUGUUGUUUUCUCUGUGCACAGCAAUUGCUCUGAAAUAUGGGGACUGAGUACACCAAAUACGAUAGAACAGUGGGAUACAUCAGGCCUUUACAACUACCCUGACCAAACCAGGUGACUAUCCUCAACUAUUGUAUGGUGUUGCAUACAACUUUGAUGUGGGAGAGUUGUCAUUACAGUGUUUGAGGUGACAGAUGUUGAGAACAUCUUUGUAUCUCGUUCUCGUCACUACUCAAUCCUUUCACCUCCAUUCCUCCAACCCCACCCCACCUGUCCAUAUUUUGUGUCCCUCCCUCCUUCUCCUCCUCCUCUUCCCCUGUGUAUCUUCUGUCCACCUUACCACAAUCUCCUGUCUACUGUUCAAUUAGAUCACUGGAUGGCCGCCUGCAGGUCUCCCACAGGAAGGGGCUUCCUCACGUUAUCUACUGCCGCUUGUGGCGAUGGCCGGACCUUCACAGCCACCAUGAGCUGCGUGCCAUCGAGGCCUGUGAGUAUGCCUUCCACCUAAAGAAGGAUGAGGUCUGCAUCAACCCCUACCACUACCAAAGGGUGGAGACCCCAGGUGAGAGGACACUUCUGUAGAUCCAAACUAUGCAUGUCUUUGUUUUUAAGUUGAUGGACGGUUUGCUACGGGUGGGUUAUUCAGUCCCUAAUUCAAAAGAUCUGGUUUAUGGGGGGGUAUCAGGGGAAGUCUCUUGUCUUCUUCUGGUCUUCAAUAACUUCAGGUAAAAUACUCUGGUACUUCUAAGCUUUCGAGGAACCUGUAAGCAGAUAACUUUUAAUUUUGGACAGAUCCAGGCUUGUAAUUUGUUUGUUUUUUUCAAUCUUUGUGCCAAAUUAAAUGACUACAUAAUAAAUGAUUCUGUGAGAGUUUAGAGCUGGACAAGUAACAUGUUUAUCCUUAGAGAAAAGUGAUAUCACCUUUUCCAAAUCACAUUUAAAUUCCACUUUAAGUUUCACCUGUUUUGUUGCUGAUGCAAAGAUUGUUUCACAGGAUUUCUUCAACUUUUGCAUGACUUUCUGAAAAUAACUGUAAAUUUAUGAAAACCUACAUCAGAUACUAAUCAAAGUCAUUUCCUCUGACACUUUCAUCCGACCCGGCAGUGCUGCCUCCCGUUCUUGUGCCAAGACACUCAGAUAUCCUGCCAGAGCUGCCACCUCUGGAUGACUACACUCAUUCCAUACCUGAGAACACAAACUUUCCUGCAGGAAUUGAACCUCCUAAUAAUUAUAUACCAGGUGUGUUUCUUUCUGGAUCAUCUGUUUUUAAACAAUAUGCUUUAUAGUAUACGCUGUCGGAUGGCACCGUGUAGUGGUUUCUAAUCCAUAAAUGUGAAGUUAUUGUUUUGUUUUGACUUUCUUCGACUUGUGCAUUUUGCUUUAAAAGAAUUCAUUGAAUUAAAAAUGUUAUCUUUGAGUUAAUGGUUAAAAAUGUUUAAAAAAAGUCACAGCUCAUGUUUUGUUUAUUUGCAUCCUUCCUUUAGAAACGCCUCCACCAGGCUACAUCAGUGAGGAUGGGGAGGCCAGCGAUCAACAGAUGAAUCAAAGUAUGGAAACAGGUACCCUAGACUAGUAACUCCUUCUCCUUUCCUUCUUAGUCUUCCUUAACAUCCCUACUGAGUCAAAGUUCGAGUGUUUUUCCUCUAGGUUAUAUAUUUUUCCUGUGCAUUAGUUCUGAUUUGAGUAAGGAUGCUACAUACUUUAGUUUCUCCUUGCAAUACUGAAACCUCAGACUUUGCAUUUUUAAAGAGCAACAAGCUACUUUUAACCUAUAAUAUCAAGUAAAUAACAUAGUCUUAGAGCUCAUCCACGUCUCCUAUAUUACAAUCAACAUCAGUAUAUUUCUGUUUUCCUGGACAGGUUCUCCGGCAGAGCUUUCCCCCAGCACUCUGUCUCCUGUCAACCACAGCAUGGGUAAGAAGCACGUCCUCUUCGUCAAGAUGGUGCACAACAAAUAAGCAUAUCGUCUGUAAUUGUGGGAUUAAUUUACACCGCAAUGAUAGUUACUCUAACGGAGCGAACUUUAGGCCUGAUUAGCAAAGUCCAGAUCUUCAGAUUUUUGUUUUCCCCAAAUAAAAAAGAAAAUUGUGGCAAAGUGGGUUUUUAAGUAAAGAUUUUGGACAUGCUCCAUAUUUACAUCUUGUGUUGUGUAUUGGGGACUCUAUGGAGGAACCCUGGGGACAGUCAAGUGACGUACAGAGCCAAAGAUUACGCUGUCUAGUCAGCAGUUUAUUUUCUUCUUAGAUUUCCGUCAUUGUCUUAAAGAAGGGACCACUGAGACACAUUAUAGUGACCUGACCUCUUAUUUUAGACCUGCAGCCAGUGACUUAUUCGGAGCCAGCCUUCUGGUGCUCUAUAGCCUACUACGAGCUGAACCAGCGUGUGGGGGAGACGUUCCACGCCUCUCAGCCUUCGCUGACCGUGGAUGGAUUCACGGAUCCAUCGAACUCUGAGCGUUUCUGCCUUGGUCUGCUGUCUAAUGUCAACAGGAAUGCCACUGUGGAGAUGACUCGGAGGCACAUAGGUGAGAAAUAACCUGUUUAAGUUUACUCUGAUUUCAUACUCUGAUUACUCAACAGCUCAAUUCUUGUUUUUAUUCUGUGUUUACAGGAAGAGGAGUUAGACUCUAUUACAUUGGAGGGGAAGUAUUUGCCGAGUGCCUGAGUGAUAGCGCCAUCUUUGUUCAGAGUCCAAACUGCAACCAGCGGUAUGGCUGGCAUCCUGCAACAGUGUGUAAAAUUCCCCCAGGUGAGCGAUCAAAGUUAAUGUAAAUCGAGGCUCUUGUAUAUUAAGAUGAUAAUGAAGGAUACAUACCCAAAGGAAGUUGGUUUAUUAAAGUGAACAGCUGCUGCAGUUUGUCUGGGUUCAUAUUAACGGCAAUAAUUUGCAAAAUCAACAGUUUAAAUGCUGUUUAAAAGUUAGAUGCUGUUCCCUCUUUAGUUCUCAUACUUAUUCAGUGACAAAUAUCAAAGGUUAACCAAAGCCAGUGAUGUUUAAUGCAACUCAAACCCAGCCCCAUAAUCAGCACGACACACAAUGACACGUCUCUGUGAGUCUGCGGCUAAGCAGAAACCAACUUCCACUCCCAGUUAAAUGUCCUGUCGUCUUUUUGUCUUUCAGGAUGUAAUCUAAAAAUCUUCAACAACCAGGAAUUUGCAGCCUUGCUGGCUCAGUCAGUCAACCAGGGCUUUGAAGCUGUCUACCAGCUCACCAGGAUGUGCACCAUCCGUAUGAGCUUCGUCAAAGGCUGGGGGGCUGAGUACAGGUAAGCUUCAACAGAGUCGGGUUAGGAGUUUCAACUGAGUUUCAAUCGGGCUGAUUGAUUAACAAGGAAACCUCAUUUAUGUGAGACCAUCACUCAGUACGUUUACAUGGGGCGUUUGGGGCGUCAGUAGCUCAGGAGGUAGAGCGAUCGUCCAAUAACUGGAAGGUUGGUGGUUCGAUUCCCCCCUAUCCUGAGCCUGUCUGUUGUGUCCCUGGGCAAGAUACUUAACCAACUUUGGUCUCAGUGUGUGUCCUCCACGAUUGUGGGUGUUGUGUGGUGGUGAUCGGAGAGGCCGUAGGCGCAAAAUGGCAGCCACGUUUCUGUCAGUCUGGCCCAGGGCAGCUGUGAUUACUAAGGUAGUUGACUGUGUGAGUGAAUGAAUGAUGUAUCCAAUGUAAAGCGCUUUGAGGGUCUCUGAUAAAGCGCUAUAUGAAAUCAGAUGUGUUAGAAUUAUUAUUAUGACGCUCAAGAAAACCGAAUUAUUGCCUUACUCCGAUUGAUACCGGACAACUGAAGUGCAUGCAAACACCUCAGUCCGACUAUAGGAAGUUUGAGAACUCCGAUUAAGACACCCAGAUAAUGCGAUUGGAAUUCGAUUUUCUCUACCAUGUAACUGGCGUAGUUGAAGUAUGAUCGGACAAGGCAUGUGCACGUGCACCACUCCCCCGUAACUCUUGAGCAGAACACCAGAGAAGAGGAGUAGCUUGUACCUUAUCUGCAGAAAAAGUAGCAGUACAUCAUGCACAACAAAAACAACAUUGUUCGAUGCUCCAUCUUCUUGCUCAAAAAUGCCCAGCAGCAGUUGUAGACACUUCUGACAUCUGGCACAGACCUGUUGUGGUUGUUGACGGUUGUAUGGGGUCGGAAACAGCGCCACUGGAAAGACCCUUAUCUCCCUCUAGUUUUGGGGAGGAGGACACGUUGACGUCAAUAAUUCAAUUUUCUCAGCUGCGAGGAGGGAAGUCCGAAUUAUGAGCUUAGUCCGAUUAAGCUCUGCAUGUAAACGCACUGAGUGGUUGCUUCUUACUUGUUUUCUCCAACCUGGUCAAUGUCCUCCACUGCUGGAAACUGAUCCUACGUCUCUCUUCCUCAGGCGACAGACUGUCACGAGCACUCCUUGCUGGAUCGAGCUGCAUUUGAACGGACCCCUACAGUGGCUGGACAAGGUUCUGACCCAGAUGGGUUCCCCGUCUGCUCGCUGCUCCAGUAUGUCCUAAACAGUUAAGGACAAGGCCCCCCCCUCCAAUCCCCCCCACCCCACCCCCACCCAAAAAAAAAAAAAAAAACGCAGCCCCAUUACAUGUCAUUAAAUUCUAAACUUGUGAGUCCUUUCAUGAAAAAAUGGAAACCCCCACAGAAUGACUUUUCUGUAACAUUCUUCAUAGUAUUUGUGGCCCAGUUCCACAUCCCUGUUUUAACUUUUCACACACACACACGAGAACAAACGCACCCUCACUGUCUCACACACAAACACAGACACACACACACACACACACACACAGACAUCAGUUAAGAAUUUGGCACUUUGAUACCCAUUCUAUGUCUUGCACCUUGUUAAAUUGCUUUCCCCCAAAUCCUUAAUAUUAGAUCUAUUUGUGGUACAAAUAAAAAUGUAUAUUGGAUUUUAGUCCAGGAAGUAGGGGAAAUACCAAAAAUAUCUGUGAAUAGUUUCUCAGUAUUGAAGAUUGCUGGUAUGAGUAACAUGAGCUUGAAUGCUAAAUUGAUUUUGUUCCAGCCCCCCCGCCCCCGUCUCCCCCACCAUUGUUCUGAACCGAAGUUUACUUUUGUCUGGGAAACUUUGACCCAUCUUUUGUCAGGGUGGCUUGGUGAAGAAUUGAUGGCCUUUUGGCUGUUCUCCUCUGAAGGAAACGCCGCAGAGUGUUUAUGAAAUUUAGUGGAAUUGACUUUUGUUACACUUGGUGUCUCUUUAUAAGACACACCUGUUAAUGGACGAAUAGGAAUGUUAGUGAAAAACAAGAAUAAUUCAAAAAUCCCCAACAGCUGCAGACCAGAGAUCCUGGCUGUGGUUCAUUGUUUUUAUCAUUCGAUGAUGACACUGUGUGUGUCCACGGUUAAGCUAAUUCACAUCCCCAUACAGCAGCCUGGGUAGGAAAUUGAAGAGAUGUUGAGCAGGCUUUGCAAGGUGCACUGGGCAGGGACCAGAGAAUAUCAGCUGUUAUCAAAAGCUUUUUUCUCUUUUUGACACGACACUGGGAGCCCCGGGGCUCUCCAAGGUGAAGCAAUGAACGUCUCACCAGGAGAAAUUGAAGGUAUCAAUGAAAUCAUUCUGUUUUUAGCCUAUAUCCCCAUUGUUUUGCUACUUUUUUGUAUUCUCAUGUAUUUUUAUAUAUAAAUAUACUUAAGAUUUUCUGUCGUUCACUUUUUAUUAAAGUAAUAUUUUCAAGACCACAGCUGUUUCUAAAAUGAAAUGGAGGGCAUGGAUCAUUCCUUUUGUUUUACCCAAAAGAUUCUGUUCAAAUACAUUUCUAAUCGCAGCUCUUAGUCUUGGUUAUACAACAAAAACAGAAGAAGACACUGCCCCACAUGAUGUGUAGCCUGUUUCUAUCCUUUUUUUUUCCCAAAGAAAUGUGGUGCAUUUAAAGUACACGACAGGUUUGCCCCAAAACUCAGAAUCCACCUUCCUGUAACGGUUUAAAUGAUUCCAGAGGCAUGUCAAACUUUGUAAUGGCCAUUCUUUCAUCUCACUUCUCGAACAACACACGUGACCUCUUGUAGCCUUUUGGUGCUUAGUCAAGCGGGUUAGGGUCAACUAGAUACAAUUGGAUCUUCAAAUGUUACAGAGCCAUGGGAGACAGAACCAUUUCCUUCCAUGAGAAAACAAGAGCGAAUGUGCCUGCACACGAGGACAUUCUGUGUUAAUGUGUGUAAUGUACUUGUUCUGUCUAUAAAAUACAGUAUGUACAACCAGACAUAUUAGCUGAAACUCUGCCAUUUUUGUCAUUAUGUGGCUGUUGCGAGUUGAACAUGUUUCCCUCACUCCUUUUCUCUUGGUGUAAAUGUGUUUACCUUCUGGCACUAGUGAUUGUACUUUAAGUGCACCUAGUGGAGUUUGGAUUUGGGGAACUGAACCAUGCGUUAGGGUCCAGUGUUACAUUGUUUUUAUCUUUGGCCUACAACAUAUGAAUGUGAAAAAAUACAUUACAAAAACUGACGUGGACCAGACGUACAUAUACAUAACAGUAGUACAGUAUGUGUGUAUUUAACAGUAAUCUUUUUGCAAAGCAGUCAGUACAGUAGAUGUCGCAGUUGUUUUACCAGUAGAGGGCGGUAUCGAUAGAGCAGUUCUUUUUUUUCUGACCAUAAGCUUCUCAGGCGUGUGGCAUAUUAUGCAGACUUCAUAAAACACUAAUAAAGAUUUUUAUUCUCAUGAG